AUGGCAUUCGGGGCCAGAAGAGAGGAAAGGCUGCCAGAUGCUGAUGCUGAUCUCUAUGUGGGCGCUGCAUUUUUCUUAUAUCCGGCAGCAUCAUGGCAUAGUAGAGGCUCCGGGCUCUGUCCCUGGGGCUUGUCCGACCCUCCCGUCAUCCUGUCAUCAGCUCGUGGAGAUGAAGAGUACUGGGCCUGGUGGGAAGCGAUUAGGCGCCGUUCCAUAGACCCGGCCAAAGACAUAACGAAGAGUUCUCCGUUGGCCUCUUUGGUAGCCCAUGAAAGCCCGUCCCACGUAGAAAAACGCAGAGCCCCCUUGGAAGACGGCGAGAGAAGGGCAUGGCUUCAAGCAGACGAUAUCCUUCGCCAGCCCCGUUUAGAAGAAGUCUCGAGCAGAGCAGAGUCCGUGGUGGCUGUCCUGCGCAACAUCGGCCGAAGGGCUCUGGCAGCGUCCACACAUUGGCUGCUUUCUUCGGAUUCGGGCUACAUGCUGACGGUCUGCGUGUCACCAGCCGCCCAUUUCGCUAUUAAUAGCCAUCACAGUCGAAGUCGCGUGACUGUCGAUGGCUUCGUAUAUUGUCUUCUAGAUCUCUGA